AACAGCUGUUCGAAAGACCACAACUCAAACAAUUUUUUGAUAAGAUUUCAAUUCAAUAGAAAACAAAAAUAAUAUUACAAUUACUUGCAGAGAAAUUUGACGUUUGCAAAUAUUGCAGUGUCAAAAGACAAAACCCGAGGCCGGCGCUAGUGAACAAGCGGCGUGAAGUUUGAAAAAAAAAAACCUGCAGUCAAAAGCCAAGUGGCGCUUGGAGCAGUAGCUGAAAUCUGAAGUCAAAAGUGAAGCAGUGCUUGAUAAUAUAGCUGAGAUCAUGAGCAACACAACAGCGACGUCGCCACAACAACGCCGCAUACUCUGUGUGGGCAUGUGUGUGUUAGACGUUAUACAUUUGGUGGAGCAAUAUCCCGUGGAGGACACCGACAAGCGCUGUCUAGCCGGCUAUUGGCAACGCGGCGGCAAUGCUUCCAAUAAUUGCACAGUCUUGCGGCAACUAGGCGCGCCACAGGUGGAGUUUCUGGGCAUGUUAAGCGCUUCGCCUGCCUUUGCUUUCCUGUACGAAGACUGCCGCAAGCGUAACAUUAUUAUAGAGAAUUGUCCAAGCACCGAUAUGGAUCCGCCAUUCUCUUCGGUCAUACUCAACAAAGCGAGCGGUUCGCGCACAAUCAUACACUCAAACCCCGGAUUUCCGACGCUGACAUAUGAACACGGCACGCGACUUGACUUAAGUAACUAUGGCUGGAUACAUUUCGAAGGUCGCAAUAAUGCGUCGGUGCUGCAGUUUAUACGCGACAUACGCAAGCAUAAUAAAGAGUUGCGCAAGCCAAACGAACGUAUACGCAUAUCCGUCGAUUUGGAGAAAAUGAAGGAUGAAAUACUUGAGCUGGGCGAGGCGGCUGAUUUUGUGUUUCUGGGUAAAGAUUUGGCAAUACACUUGGGCUGGCAGGAACCGGCGGCCGCUGUAAUGGGUUUAUAUAACAGGCUCAAACCACAGCUCGAGUGGGAUGACACGAAGCCGGCUAUUAUAUGUCCGUGGGGUGCGGAAGGCGCCGGUUGCGUAGAUGCGCUGGGCAAUUACGCAUUCAUACCAUCGAAACCGGUCGGUGAAAUUGUGGACUCGCUUGGCGCUGGUGAUACCUUCUGCGCUGCCGUUAUAUAUGCAUUGCAAGUGCUCGAAAAAAGUUUGCAAGCGGCGGUGCGCUUUGGACACGCUGUGGCUGGUUACAAGCUGGGUUAUCGCGGUUAUGAUGACAUCGCGAACUUUCGGCAAGGCGAGUGAUGAGUGACAAAUAUUUGCUUAUUUACGCGUCGGAGAAGCGAAAACUCUAUUUUAAACCGUUAGCCAGUAACAUAGCAAAUUAUUAGUAAUUAAAUCUUGAUUUUUUAAAUAAAUAAAAACUUAAUAUU